AUGAACCGGAAACCUGAGCCAUGUUAUACGUGUCGCAACCGGCGUAUCCAAUGUGAUCAAUCGGGUGUGCCGUGCAGAAAAUGUCAAAAUGCCGGCUUGGAAUGUCUGGAUCAGAGACCCUUGCGAUGGGUCAAGGGUGUGGCUAUUCGCGGGAAGAUGCAAGGCCGAUCAUUUGAAAAGAACGAAAAGAACUCUUCACUGUUAAAAUCUGAUAAUAAAGUCUCUGCUAUACAGCGCUCCGUGACUCGAGCUAAGCCGACUUCUGGGAGUCCUCGGUCUGGUCUGGAUUUUAAUGGUAAGAUGAAUACUAUCCACGAGUCAAUUAUGGGGAAGGAAUUUGGACUAUUCCUACAUUCUAUCUCAGAGCCUUCGGUCGCUCUUGAAGACCCUUCUCUCUUGAAUCUGGAUCGAGUAUCCCGAUACUAUAUUGAUUAUUAUAACGAGCGCAUAUGCAAACUAUUCAUUGUAUAUGAUAGCGACAAAAACCCCUUCAGGAGUCUUAUUCCCAUGGGCAUGAAAAACCCUGUCCUCCUCAAAGCUCUACUUGCCCUUGCUGCUCGACAUCAUGUCAACACAGGACAAUCCUUUGAUAAUCCCGAAAUGUCUACAGCUCCUGGAUUCAUUAACGCCCAUCGAGAUGCACUGUCUCUCAAACAUCAAGCUAUGGAGGCAUUAUCCCACUCUUUGCGUGGAAGCCAGUCAUGUAAUCAAGACACGACGGUUGCUAGCAUUUUUCUCUUGAUUUUCUUGGAUCUCAUAGAGUCUGGUAGCGAUGGUUGGAACUUUCAUCUUGAAGGUGCUAAAAAAUUGAUUGCAUCUACUUAUCCGCAAGUUGAAAAUCAAGCUGGGAUCAAUCAGGGUCCUGGAGAGACUUUGCAAGAGAUUCGGAGUUUCAUUACAAGACAAAUUUAUUUAAUUGAGACACUCGGUGCGGCUUUCUCACGCCCAAAGCUGUUGACACAAUCCAGCCUGUUUGACCAGCAAGAAAUGCAACUCCACGAAACAGUUGAGAAAUCGUUUCUCGGAUGCCCAGAAUAUAUUUUAACAGCUAUACAAUGUCUUUCUUUUCAUAGGGAUAGCAUUACAGCUUCCAUCACUCUUGACGACACGGGGAUCGCAUCGCAUCGCACCGAUACAGAAUCUUUACUAGAUCUUCUUCAGAACUUCGAUGAUUAUACCUGGGCUUCAAAUGUUCAAAGCUCUCGAGACUCUUCGCUUCAGGAUAUCGCGAAUCUAUGCAUGCUUUCACAGGCAUACAAACUCGGUGCUUACAUAUAUGGUCGAAGAAUUCUCGACGCAUUGACCCAAACGGAGUCCGUGCAAGAUCGUUCUGUCUCAGAGCUACUCGGUCUCAUCAAUUUCUUAAAAGAUGAUCCAGCUCUAUUCAAAUGUAUUCUUUGGCCUGUGUUUGUUGCUGGAUUGGAAUGUAAGUGGCAAGCUCAGCGUGACUUUCUGGUCGGUUGUCUUGAGAGAUUCUGGUCCCUCACAAGCUGUUUGAAUGGUGUCAAUGCAGCCAAGAUUCUUCAAGAAUACUGGCAGCAGGGAGACUUGUCGCAUAAUCCACAAUCGCAGUGGAUAUUCAAUAUUGGAAAUCUCGGCCGAGACUGGCUGUGGAUUUAG